AUGGCUGAUGGGCCCGACGGCGGCAGCAUAGCUGAUGGGCUCAGCGAUGGCAGCAUAGCUGAUGGGCCCGACGAUGGCAGCAUGGUUGACGGACCUGACGACGUCAGCAUGGCUGACGGUGGAUCCGAAAACACCAGCGCGAUUCUUGCGAAGGACGCACCCAGCAUUUCUCUUUCUGGUGACAGCUCCGUUGCUUUCGACAACCUUACACGUGUGAGGCCCGAUUCCGUAAGGGGUGACGGCACGAUGCAUGGGUGUGUGUCUCGGCUACUUCUGCUGCUAUUGGGGCUAUGGAGCUUUGCGGCCCUGUGCUGA